UUUGCCCGUAGUCAAGAUGGCGGCCGGAAGGCACGUGUAAAUGGGGGGCGCCGGCGCCCUACUGCCCGCACCCAACAUGGCGGCGGUGGCCAUGCGGCUGCCGGUGAUCCGCAAGGCGGUGGGGCCGAGCGGGCGGCGGAGCGGCGAGAAGCACCUGGUGGUGCCCGGAGACACCAUCACUACGGACACGGGAUACAUGAGGGGCCACGGCACCUACGUGGACGAGGAGAAGCUCGUCGCCUCGGUGGCCGGCGCUGUGGAGAGAGUGAACAAGCUGGUGUGCGUCACGCCGCUGAAGACCAGGUACAACGGCGAGGUCGGAGACAUCGUGGUCGGGAGGAUCACGGAGGUUCAGCAGAAACGAUGGAAAGUGGAAACUAAUUCCAGGCUGGAUUCAGUCCUGUUGUUGUCGUCUAUGAAUUUACCUGGUGGGGAACUGAGAAGGAGAUCAGCAGAAGACGAGCUUGCAAUGAGGGACUAUCUGCAGGAAGGGGACCUCAUCAGUGCAGAGGUGCAGUCUGUAUUUUCUGAUGGGGCUGUAUCGCUGCACACCAGGAGUCUGAAAUAUGGGAAGCUUGGCCAGGGUGUGCUUGUUCAGGUCUCGCCCUCCCUUGUGAAACGCCAGAAGACUCACUUCCACGACUUGCCCUGUGGUGCAUCUGUGAUCCUUGGUAACAACGGUUUCAUCUGGAUCUACCCAACUCCAGAACAGAAAGAUGAAGAAGCAGGGGGCUUUACAACCAACCUAGAGCCAGUUCCCCUGUCUGACCGGGAGGUGAUCUCACGGCUCCGAAACUGCAUUGUGGCUCUGGUUACUCAGAAGUUGAUGCUCUUUGACACUAGCAUCCUGUAUUGCUAUGAGGCAUCCCUUCCUCAUCAGAUCAAGGACAUUCUGAAACCAGAGGUGAUGGAGGAGAUUGUUCUGGAAACCCGACAGAAGUUGCUGGAUCUGGAGGGGUAGUGCUACAAGAGGUCACUUUACAAUCCCCACCGUGGCAGCUUUUGGUUCUCAGUUCUUUUUUUUAAUCAGUGUUCCAGUCACCAGUGUCCAUUCCACACUUCAGAAACUCCCACAAUUGGUCGUUUAAACUCCUUGAAUAUCUCCUGAGCCCUUUUAGUACAAUAGUACUAAAUAGUACUUAAGUACAAUAGCCUUUUAGUGCAGCAGCCUGGGAAAUAGAUACCUGACCUUUAUGAAGACAGAUGCAAUUGGGACAUAUCUCAUGACACUUGUUGCUGUGUAUAGUGCUCCUGAACUUCUAGGAAGUUAGGGAGGAGGGGAUGUGUUUUGUGCUUGGCUUCUUUCUCCCCAGAGGCUUUUAAAAUGGUUUUGAUUUUCCUUUAUUAUGAUACAGAUCUGCCAAUCUGUCCUUUGACUCAGAUUUGUGUGGGGUUUUUUUUUCUUUUUUGAGACUUCACAAGUAUGAGUCCUUAGACUAUUUUGAGCCAUGUUUUGUGUGUUUGUUGUUCGUGGCUUCUGUGUCCUAAGGGUUUGAGUUUGGACGUGGCUGUCCAGAUGGGCCAGGUAGCCAUGGGUGAGCAGUGCCUUCUCAGUCUCUUUAUCCUGCUGGUCCCUUUUAUAUUCGUGAUGUGGUGAGCUCUUUAUCUGAGGAGGCUCUGGUGUUGUUUUCUAUGAAAUGCUCUACAUUUCAAUAAAGUUCUUGUAAUUUAAAUAGUCA